AUGGCUGCUCCGCCAAACUCCGAAGAAGUUCAGUCUACCUACAUUCCGCCAAGAUUUAACGGCCAGUACUAUAAAUGGUGGAAGAAAAGGACGUACGACUUCAUCAUGACUGAAGACUCAGAGCUCUGGUAUAUCAUCUGCGAUGGACCCUUCGUUCCUACGAAGACCAUUGGAGACCCCGCACCGAUAGUUGCUAAAACUAUAAAGGAAUAUAAUGAUGUUGACCCUGAGGAGAUCUGGGAAGCCCUCCAAAUAGCUCAUGAAGGGACAACACAGGUAAAGAAGUCCAAGAUUGACGUGCUGACCACAGAGUUUGAGCUUUUCAGAAUGAAGGACGAUGAGUCCAUUCAGGAUAUGCACAUUCGUUUCACAUCUAUCAUCAAUGAGGUUCACUCACUGGGAGAGAUCAUCCCUAGGAACGAACUUGUUAGGAAGAUACUUAGUGUAUUACCUAGUUCCUUGGAAAGCAAAGUAAAUGGCAUUACAGAGGCAAAGGAUCUUCAGGAGCUGACCAUUGAUGAACUUGUCGGCAAUCUCAAGACCUAUGAAAUGAAGAAGAAGAAGGAUAAUGAGAGAAGAGAGCCCAAUAGGGAGAAGCAUCUGGUCCUCAAAACGAACAAUAAUGACUCAGGUGGUGAGGAUGCUGAUAUGGCCUACCUGACAAAGAGGUUUCAGAAAAUGGUUCGCGGAAUUGGAGCUAAAAGGAAUGAGGUUCCUGACAAACGAUUCAAGAGAAAAGAUGUCGCUGAUAAUGUUGUGAAACAAGCCCUUGCUACAUGGGGAGACUCUUCCAGCGAAUCUGGAGAAGAUGAUGAUCAAGGUGAUAGCUCCAUGAUUGUAGUAAAAAGUGAAGCCACUGAGUAUGACUCAAUCUUUGCCAUUAUGGCAAAAAUUGACAAUGAUAAUGAUGAUGUAAACUUCUUAGAUGUUCAAAAAAAAAAUCUAAAGUCUUACUCUUCGGAAAAACUUAUGUAUUUGGAAAAUAUUUUAAUUGAUGCGUAUCAUAGUCUUGUAAAUGAUAAAGAUGCAUUAACUGUGGAACUGGGAGAAGCAGUACAUUGGAGAGAUGAUCUAGUAGUUGUGGUGGCAGACUUAAAGGAAACCAUUGAGAGUCUGAAGAAGGAAGAAGAUGCCUUAACUGAAAAAAUUGCAACUAUAAAACAUGAGAGAGAUGAUCUAGUGGUAAAAGAGAUCACUGAGUGUGUUACAAAGGAGAAAGAGGUUUUAACUGUGAGGGUUGCUGACAUUGAUCAUGAGAGAGAUGACCUAAUAGUAGUGGUUGUAGGCCUAAAAGAAACAAUUGAGGAACUAAAAAGGGAAAGUAGGCCUGGGAACACUCAAAAAGCAAAGGAAGUUGUAAGUGAAACACACCUUAGGCUUGAAUACGAGUUAAAAUCAGUGAAAUCUAGUCUGUGUGCAGAGCUUGAGAAAAACAGACAACUUCAGGAAGACCUAGGAAGAGUGAAGAGUGACCUAGAAAAAUCACUUAAGUGGACCUGGUCCUCUGAUGCAAUCACUGCUAUGUAUACAAACAGUGGGGGAAACAGGCAGGGAAUCAGGUUCCAAAGGGAAAAGACUCCUUACAACUCUCAUUGCAAGAUCGAGAAGUCUCUUUCUCACUCUAUUGAAAAUGUGUACUACGUCAACGUGUUGAAGUACAACUUGCCGAGUGUUUCUCAAAUAUGUGACAAGGGAAACAAAGUGGAAUUUGUAUCCAAGAUAUGCAAAGUCACAAAUCUUGUGACUAGAGAAGUGGUGUUAGUGGCCAAACGAUACAAAAAUAUCUACGUUGCUGACUUUGAGACCUUGAAAAAUGGAGAUCUCAGCUAUCUGAGUGCUGUUGAUGAUAAUGCUAAGCUAUGGCACAGAAAGCUAGGUCUUGCAAGUUUUGCAUUAUGCAAGGAUGAAACCUUUCAAGUGUUUGUGGCAUUUGUGAAGAAGAUCCAGUCAAUUGUCCCUGGUGAAGUCAUUGCCUUGGAAAAUGGAAAGGCUGAUAUGAUGAGCCACGUUGAGGAGUCAAAUAAGGAUGGUGCAACCAUAUCUCCAAUUAAUGGAGAGGAACCUGGUCCCUCAGUCACAACAAUUGAAUCUAAGAACAGAGUUGUUGAUGCUAUCCCAGGUGUCCAACUAGAAGCACAAAAGUUCACAUCCUCUUGA